CAACUACGUCAUUCGCUCAGGUUCGAUGUGUGGUUUCCGCAGAACUACCUAUUUUUGAUCGUACAAACAUCUUACAAUAAAAUUAAUUCAAAAUGAUAGAGAUUUAUAAAAAAUUAUGUAUAAUUAUAAUGCAGUGAUGAUAGUGGUGUGUUGUUACGUGGUGCAAACUUAAUAAAGGAAUUAUAAUUAUAUUAGCUCAUAAUGAACUGUCAUCAAGUACUCAGUGGUGCCUGUAAUUCAGGAGAUCAAUGUUUUGCUGUUGGUUCUGUUGAAGGAAUACCUUUCACAGCAUAUGCAGCAGGAUGUAAUAUAGUAAUACUUGCAUCAAAUUUUGAACGUGUGCAAAUAAUACCUGGUGCCAUACAUGGGUAUAUACGUAUCAGCUCUUUGGACUGUAGCACAGAUACUGGUAAAAUAGCAGCGGCAUACGGAGCGGAAGUGUGCAUUUUUGAACCUACACCAUUAAUACAUACUGCCUCUACAACUCAUGGUUUGGAAUACAGAUGGGUGCAAACAGGCAAAUUGGUAGCGGAUGGGCCCAUAACAGCAUUAUCUUGGAAUCUAGAGGGAACGAGAUUACUGACUGGCGGUAGAAUAUUACAACUGUGGCAUCAAGCAUCACUGUACCAAGAUGACAGUCAGCCAAGCUCCGGCGUCACAUUUCAAAUCGGAGGUGACAAAGAUGACAAACCGAAACAGCCCGAAGAGGAAGAGCCCGGUUGGUUAUGUGUAUGGCAAUGUCACACGGCCACGCCGGCUCACCACCUCGCUUUCAGCCCGGACGGCGUUCUCUUCGCGACGUCCGGCAUGAAUGAUAGACUUGUCAAGAUUUGGUAUCAAAAUAAGGUAUUGUCGCAAGCCCACGGGGAGCACUCACCGGCCGAGUUGAACUACACGUUUAUUUACGUGGCGCAUCCACGGGCCGUCACUCAUCUCUCGUGGCGGAAGACUAGCAAAUAUAUGCCCAAGGGCAGCGUGGGUAACGUGCUGGUGACGUCAUGCGUGGACAACAUCUGCCGCGUGUGGGCGGAGACGCUGCUGCCGGAGGACGAGUGGGGCGGGUCGGUGACGGCGCACGCGCGCUCGCCGCCGCGCCGCCAGCGCGCCACGCACAGGCACAAGCACCGGUUCAUGCAGCGCUUGAAGCACAUGAAAACGUGUUUCCACAUCCGACGUAACGCGCAGUCCUCGAAGCAACCAGGCGCGCCUAUCCCAACACUGCCUUCUACAUAUAGUUCUCAUGAUUUCCACAACCCCUACCACGCUACUUCCUACACUGGAGGUCUCCAUUUCCACCUAGCAGCAUCAAUAAACGCCGAGACGGAUAUACCGCUAGUUCCAUCUCUGUCUGGAGGCGGCCGCUUUAUCCUGCAUUGGCUUCACAACAAAGAAAUGCACUUUACAAGUCAAGCGGAGGCGAUUCUACAUGAUUUAACCAAAAAAAUUCUAGAUAAAGAAGAGACGGAAGAAGGUGGUUCCGGAUCAGACCAUACCGCACAUCCCGAAGGUGAACACGAAAUAGGAAAUAGACGGCCGAGCCAUCACUUGACUAAAGUACUAUCCGAGGACAACAGCAAUAGUGAUGAAAAUCCAGGUAACGGCAACCACAGCCACCCGAGCCUCUCGAACACGACGUCAAUCAACUCGAUCGCGACGGACGUCACGUGCACGCACUUACCGGACUCGCUGGAUACUAAAAUCGAAGGACUGUUACGGGAUUGGCACCAGAGCCCCGAUCUGCUGUUCUCUAUACAUCCUGUCGACGGCAGUUUUCUUAUAUGGGUGUGCGAGUGGCUGGACGAGCUGCAGGCGGGCGCGAUCCGGCAGGCGCAGGUGUCGUUCUCGGCGCGCAUCCCGUCCGCGUUCCCGCUCGGCGACGCGACCACCAUGUGCACGCCGGCCGCGCUCUACCACGCGGCCGCGCAGCCGCUCUACGUGCGCCACCGCACCAAGCCCGUCACUGCGGGUCCACCACAACCCGAAACAGUAACGACACCAUUAGCAAGUGUGCAAGAAGAAAAAGAAGAAAAUGAAUGGCCACAAUCCACGGAACAACAGUCGGAAAAUCAGGAAAAUGGAGCGAGAGAAGAAAACAACAAUGACAUGAAACGCAAAACGAGUAUUACAACGGAAGACUUGGAGAACCAGGAGACUGACAUAUUGGAGUCGGCACCUGUCAUUUCAAUGGUCACAAAUCACACCAACGGCACUCUUAAUCUGUGGCAGUUGACGUUCGAUGACAAAUCCAAAUUCUCUCAGGUCCUCUCAAUAGGCCACGCCUCAAGAGCGUCAGGACAUCGGUUUAGAGUCAAUGAUAUAACGUGCCAUCCAGUAUUACCGCUGUUACUAACAACUAGUCACCACAAUAUAUCCGACGAAGCGCGCGAAACGGGCCCCACGCCGGAGCAGGUGGCGGCCGGCGGGCUGUGCUCCGAGCUGAUCAUGUGGCGCGUGGAGUGCGUGGGCCCGCUCGGCAAGUCCGGCGGCGUGGCCGAGCUGGCGCGCGUCAACUCGCCGCACCUCUCCGCCUUCAGUAACGUGGCCUGGCUGCCCACCUUACUUCCCAGCACUACACUGGGAAAUCUCUCCAAUUCUCCAUCAGCGUGUUUUGUUGCGAGCGACGGAGAGAGUUUACGAUUGUUUCAAGCUGUUAUUGACGCGCGUACAUUGUUAGCGGAAAUAGCAUCCUCAGAACGACGUCAUAAAGAUCACGAUACGAUGUCAAUGUCGUCUGACUCCACAAUAGAGGAGGGGAGUGGGGUUCCCCUCCACGAUCGCUUCAAGAUCGUAUCCCAACAGUCCACCGCUCGACCGGGCGCCAUUAUACAGUUGCACGCCAUAGCUGAUGCGACCCAUGACUGGCACAAUACUCAGUUGUUGCACGUCUUCCAAGAGCAAUUGAUUACUGGAGAAAGAACAUCCAGUGACACAGAAAGCGCGGACUCCGGUGUAGAAGGAUCAGACGUAAACACCAUAACAGAAGCUGGGCUGGAGGCGAUAGUGGAUCUUCGGAAAGCGGCAGUUUUUAACGAGCCCUUCUAUAUCGUGGUGUUGGAGCGAACUGAUGGUGGCUCUACUGUGCAUAUGUGGCGACUGACUGUGUCAUCGCAGGCAGAUCCUAAUGAUGACAUGACAAACAGCAUGAUGUAUGUACCGGAUAGUGCUUUGGUACAAGAAGAAGAAGGGGGAGAGUCUCGAAAGAAUUCAGUUUCUGUUGAUGCCGACCGACCCACACCUACUCAUCAUAAUCAUUCCCAUCUUGCAAUCACUACUAAAAAGGUCUGUGAAUGUCCAUUAUCACUACCGGAAGGCGUGGAUGUCAUCCAUGCAACUCCAGCGGCGGGUCAUUUGAGUUCAGCCUCUAUAUAUCCGGCUUGCCUCGCACCAUACAUCCUUGCCACCGCCUGUUCAGAUAGCACUCUCAGAUUUUGGAAAUGCAACGUCACUAAAAAAGACGACGAUUUUGAAUAUACAUGGAAGGAAUGGGAAAUGAUGAACAAAGAUCAGGAAUCGACAAUAGACAUUCCAGGCCAACCGCUGCAUAUAAGCGCUGCGUACUCUGGACGUAUCGCGUGCGCAUAUAAAUGCGGGCGAUCUUUCACGCGUCCCAAAGGCCUAUCGACAGCCAAUACUAAUAACCCUGACGCUCGCUUUGUUAACUUGUGCGUCUGCGUAUACGAAUGCGAAAGUACUGGCGGCGCUGAAUGGCUCCUAGAAGACACGAUACCUUUGCGAAACGUGAGCCUGCCUCGCGUUGGAGUAUGUACGGACACGCAGAUCGAUCUCUCUUACUUGCACGAUACGACGUUCAUGCAAAAGAAACAGAGAAUAAAUCAGGUACUCCAAACGCUGUCUUCUGACGAGAGCCGUAACAACCGCAACGGAGAAGCGGAUCCAGGCAAAGCUGCCGGACUGCUAGCUGUGCCAUCCUUUAGUACUCUCCAAUCUCUGCGCAGAAGCAUCAUGGAGAACGGCAACACUUGCCCACUUACACAGAAACACUUGGUACAACUCGAUUGGGUGUCGAAGGAGGACGGAUCUCAUAUACUCACCGUCGCUGUGGGAUCCAGAGUGUUGCUGUUCACUCCUGUGUCUAGUGAUUUAGCGCAAGCCAAUAUUAAGGCCAUGAAAGAAUCGAUAAACAACAACCGACCAAUACUUCGCAAAGCUUCAUCGCUAGCAGCGCCGCUAUUCGUCGAAGAGAUCCGGUGGAUGCAGUUACGUCGAAUUGAGCUCAAAACAGCUGAUGGACUGCCACCCCUACCAAUGCAGAUAUCGUGGGUUCGAGAUGGUAUACUCGUUGUGGGCAUGGAUUCUGAAAUGCACGUCUACUCGCAAUGGAAGCCGGAGAAUCAACAGAUUGCUUCAGGGCAGAUGACCGGACAGGAGGUAGAGGAGGGCGGCGAGUCCCGCGCGCUGCGCGACUCGGACCUGCGCGUGUCGGCGCCGCACCUGCAGCGCGUGUCGUCCAUCAACCUGCAGCUGCUCGAGAGGGACGCUCGGCGCAGGAACAAGGCGCAGCCGGACCAACCACAGCCGUUAUUGGACUACAUGCCGGAUUUCGGGUUGUUUGAAGCGUCACAGAUGGCAUGUCCAGUGUUGCCGCAAUAUCAUCCCAAACAGCUGAUGGAAUUGCUUAACAGUGGCAAAAUACGAUGGGUUAAAGCUAUUUUAGCGCAUUUAGUUCGGUGUAUUGGUGGAACUUAUACAAACAGAAGUUCUCAAGGUGACGAAGAUAGUUUAUCAAGACAGCGCGGCUGGUCGCGGUCUCGCACGCUGUCCGUGUCGUUCGCCGCGGGCGCCGCAUCGCCGCUUGACGGCGUCGCACAGAUAACAGAAGAUGUUCAAUUGGAUUACGCGGAAUUGACUUCAGUGCCUCCCCUGCCUCUAUGGACGUUGCUUGUCGCUGACAAGGAGUCCGCUCAUCAUCCGUCCACUAUUCAAGAAGCUAAGGAUUACAAUGAACUAUUUGAAGGAACAAUGGAAGUAGAAGAGGACUUAGAUGCUUUGCUCUUGGAAGAAGAAGACGGCGUAGACCGCAGGCCUUCUAUGCCGGAACGUCAACCUUUGUCACAUUUUGGGCCUAGACAAGGUCGCAUCCUUUCUCGGCUUUUAACACACACACAUUUACCGGGUCUAAGCUCGCUCGAUCAGAUGCAUUUAUUGGCGUUAGCUGAUACUGUAUCAACUUGUGAUGCAGACUUCACUGAGAGAUUGACGAAUAAUGCAAGGGUUGAUGUCGCUCAGGGAGCUGGACAAGAAAUAUUGCCAGACUCUCUCGACGAUUGUGGUUUGAGAUUCCUUCUAGCCAUGAAGCAUUAUGGCUACUUACUCCGAUGCCUGCCGCUCGCCCAGCGAGCUUCGUUACAAAGAACAGGUGUAGGUACCUGUAACCUCGUAUGGGCUUACCACUCCGAGUCGCAUGAGCAGUUGCUGGCUUUAGUGCCCGGGUACACCAAGGGACAACCCAAAUGGAACACUAUGAGAGAAUUGGGUGAGUUAAUUGGUGAUAUGAUAUCAUUAAUUAAUGGCGCUACACUAGCGCUACUGAACCAAGAGCCAGACGAAGGCAUAACGCGGCUAGAGCGGCGCUUGUACUUCCAAACUGCGCACGGGCACUUCAAAGCCGGUUGUCCCGCGCUAGCCCUAGAAGUGCUCUCGAAGCUUCCAGCGCGAGUGAGAGACGAGAAACCGCGUCCGGUGGUGCCGGAACAAAAUCAUGCCGUCAUACAUACGGGACAAUUGGAUGAUACGACGAAGAAAGAAGAAACCACCGUGGAUUGGGGCGCGCCUUCAGUAGACUGGAGCGCUCCCGUAAGUGUACCAAAGACGGAAGAGUUGGAUCUGGACUGGGGCGCACCCGUUUCCACCGCCAAAAAUGAUGAGCUGGUGCUCACGUGGGAUGAUGAUGAUAAUAAAUCCGACGCGUCAGGCACAUCAACGCCGCCACUAGAAAUGAAAGUGACUAAAACAGAAGAGGAACCAGUUGCCAAUGGUGUCUCCGAACCAGAGAAGGACGAUACACCAACGGUUGAUAUUAUGGCACAGCAGCUGAAGUUUGUUGCGUGUCUGAAAAUAUUGAUGGAAGAGCUGAGCACGCUUGCUACUGGCUUUGAAGUAGACGGUGGGCAUCUCCGGUACCAGCUGUACAUAUGGCUGGAGCGCGAAGUGGAAGCCCUGCGGCGUCUCUGUGGCUACGUGGCGACGCCGCCCGCCGGCGAGCUGCUGUGUGCGGAUCCAGAACAGACUCCAUUGCCGGACAAGCCCACGCUACAUCAACUGCUUGUCAGGGAAAAGGCUGACUUUGAGGCGAAAGUGCAGAGGGCAGUGCGUAGGAAAAAGUGGCUCAAAGCCAACGAGACCUUACUACGAACAUUGUUAUCCUAUUGCUCACUUCACGGUGCUGGUGGGGGUGGACUAGCAUCUGUCCGCAUGGAGUUAGUCCUGUUACUGCAAGAACUAGGCCAGGAUAAGCAGCAUCAGCAAUUGCUCUCACCACUGCCAUUCCCAACCACCCUGCCUUUGCUGGCUGCUGCUGUGGCCGCCAAUAAUACUGUAGUUGCUGAUCCUGUGAGGCAUUUACAGUCCGUAGCUCACGACAUGCUAGGCACGAUCGGCGAGCUAGGUGUCCCGGGCGGUUCAGCCACUCGGCUUUUGCAUACAUUACGAGAACUAGCCGUGGCUCUAUCCGCCUGCAUCUACCAGAGCCUCUGCGAUUCGGACACCUUCAGUCUCAAACACCCGCAGCAUCAUGACGGGAUCAUUGCUGAAACGCCGGGUACAUCCAAUUUGCUUGUUAGAGCCAGACGAUUUUCAACAGAAGAACUCGCAGUUACUACACCUUCCAACAAAUGGCCUGGUGUAUCAGCGCUCCGCGGGCUAGCUUUGCGAGCAGCGGAGGAGGAAGACGCGCCUCGACUACCGGUGCUACUCGCCGAAGCGUUCUGUGCGGUGUACCUCGCCCUCCUCGGCUGGGCGCUGGCUGCUAGAGACGCGCACCUGCUGUACCGGCUCGCCGCGCACAACAUGGAGACCAAAGUGCACGCUAAGCUAUUCGGCGGUGGGGUGAGGAGGCUGCUCACAACGGCGCCCGCUCCGCCACAGCCAAAGCUCGUGGAACGCACGGAAGGCACGUCCGUGUGGUCGUCGCUGCGCGAGAAGCGCGCGCUGCUGCACAUGCGGCUGCUGGGGCUGGGGCCGAGCGCGCCGCACGCGCACAUACAGGAGGGCAGGCCCACGUACCGGGAGCAGUUUGUGUCGCCGCAGUGCAGCAUACUCACCUUCCUGCUCACUAAGCCAUCGCCUGAACAAGACCCAGACAAUAAUGAUUACGACUCAGCCGAGUCUGGUGUUGAAGAUGAACACGAAAGCGAAAGCGAAGCGGAGGACGAUAUCUUUGAUACGUCCGCCUCAAAAUCGACAAAAAUCCGCGGCUCCAACAGCGAGCACUCGGACCCCGAGUCGUACUCGUGGUACGUGAUGCGCGUCGGCGUGCUGCGCCUCGCUCAGCACAAGCUGCAGCACUUUCUGCAGCAGUGCGGCAUUGAGAUGUCCGAGCUAGCGACCACCAGCCCAACGGUGCACGCAGCGCUGCGCCGCGUGGAGCAGUGGCAGCAGCAGCUCAGCGAGACGCUGGAGUCCCGCGCCGCGCCGCAGGACUACAUACCGGGCUGCUUCCCCGACCAGGCUACGAGUGGGCCGCCUAUUAAUAAAUACAGAUGUCUUCUAGAAAAACACAAUACACCAUUCAAUUCGUCUUUAUAUAGUUCUGCGCCUGCUAGGCGUCUAUGGAAUUACCUUGUACGACAGGAGCAAAUUCAGGACAUAUUCAUCCGCGCGGUGUUCUCGCGGCGGCGCGCGCAGUCGACGAGCGAGCCCGCAGCGGACGGUCGCGCCGCGCCGCGCCACGACGACGAGCUGCACAGCCCCGUGCGCAUCAUACACAAGGAGCAGGAUUCCAUUGCUGCAUUCUGCCUUAAUAAGGUGGGCGGCGGGCUGCUGGCGGUGGCGACGGCGCGCGAGGUGCAGGAGAUGGACGUGUCGCUGCUGCUGCGCGGCGGCGCGUGCUGGGCGGAGGAGUGCGAGGUGGACCUGCUGGCGCUCGCCGCCGACCCCGCCGCGCUGCCCGACACCGGCUUCCUGCUCAUACAGCACCACGACAAAGGCAACAGCGGCUCGGUACCGGGCACGGGCAACAGUUCGCCGCUGAACCCCACCGCGCCCGCCGCGCCCGUCGGCAUCGCGGGGCAAACCGGCCGCGGGGCUAGCGUGGUGAAGGGACUGCAGUUUCCGGGUUGCCACGACGCGAAAUACUGUCGUCUGGUGCUGCACCGCUCCAAGCUUCUCAUGAAACCGGUGCUGAAACACAAAAUCGACAAUAUAAAGCGUAUGGCGGCGCAUCCUUCGCAACCAUUGUACCUGACGGGCGGCGCGGACGGGUCGGUGCAGCUGUGGGAGUGGGGCCACCCGUACUGCGUGUGGUCGCCGCGCGCGCCGGGCGCGUUCGCGAAGGUGACGCGCGUGCGCUUCUCGGACUACGGCAACAAGUUCGCGGCGUCGGACGCGGACGGCAACCUCGCCAUGUGGCAGCUGCAGCCCGCGCCCAAGGGCGCCGCGCAGCCGCAGGCGCCGCCGAGACCCUUCUUUACUCAUCAGUGUCAUAGCAAAGGAAUAAGCGACUUUGUAUUCUUGGGUUCCUGUAGUUUAGUAGCAACAGCCGGUCACAGUUCCGAAAGUAAAAACGUUGCCAUUUGGGAUACGUUAAUGCCUAUCAAGAAAGCUUUAGUAGUUUCGUGGACGUGCCACGAGGGCGGCGCGUCGUGCGUGUCGUGGGCGGGCGGCAGCGGCGCGCUGGUGUCGUGCGGGCGGCGCGGCGACGUGCUGGUGUGGGACCUGCGCGCGCGCGCGCCGCGCCACAAGCUGCACGCGCACCACGCGCCCAUCAAGUGCGUCGCGCUCUCGCCGCACGAGGACCAGUACGCGAUCGGCGCCGCCGACGGCGACAUCAAGGUGUUCUCACUGGCGACACACCAGUUGUUACACACGUUCGCGGGUGAACACGCCAGAAGUUCGUUCUUCAAACACAUCGGACAAGGCGUCACGCAAAUAUACAUUGACAACGGCGGGCGGCUGUUCUCGUGCGGCGCGGACGGCACGAUGAAGGUGCGCAAGCUGCCCGACCGCGACGCGCACCCGCCGCACUACGCCGCGCACUGACCGGACCCACGGUGAAGGAGCCGGCGGCAUCAGAGUGGGGUUAGAGAAGGCGGGCCCGGCCCGAUGUGAUCGAUGUAUUUAUCUUGUUGUUGUUCGUGUUACGAGUAUUGAUUGUACGCCCCUAGACUAGUCACUGAGUAGCCCAUGUUGUAUCUUAUAGUCUAAUUGAUUGAUUACUAUGGAUCUUUAGUUCAAAUAUAUACGCUAUUUUUAUUUGAACCUCUCCUAGAUGAGGUAUAGGAAUAUUUAUUCACACUAGCCGAAGAGGUGCGCUGCGGCUGUCGGCCUAAUGGAGUGUGUUGAAACAAAGCAGAGUGUAAUUCGAGUGCAAUAAUCCCUCGCUGUCUUAUGAAAUCGCCUACGUCGAUGCCUUCACAGUUACAAUCUAUAAGAAAUAUAAUUACUUACGAGUGCUAGCGCUCAUACUAUAACAUGUUGACGCAUAAUAAAUAAUAGACAUAUUAUAUUUCUAUUUGUGGUCGUGGCUUAGUAUGUGUAAUGUUGUAUUUAAAUAAUUAUUCUUAUAAUCACUAUAUAUAAAAUCUUGUGAUUCACUAUACUAACAUCUCAUUGGCGUUCUAUUCUUACAUUCUUAAAUAUAUCACCUUAGGUGUAAGUGUUUCUCCCUAUAUGUAUGUUAUUUGAAUAUUGUUCAUAAAUCGUCCAAUUUGUUUUGAGAGCAAUAUUUUCCGCGAUAAAGAAA